AGUGACGACAGCGAUUGCUCAACGAGUAACGAGUGUUUGUCAUUCGUACGAAUUUAGAUAAAAAUUUACAAUCAAAUAAUUGUUCAUUGACCACACGCGAGUGUAGUGAGUAAGUGCAAGAUCAAAUACGGUGUCAGUGACGAAUCUCCUGUUAUAAGUGUACAAGCGCAUGUGUAGCAGGAAAAGUUGUUUAAAAACAGACAACGAACUUUAAACAUGAAUAACAGUACGAGACAGCCGAAAACUACGCCUAUUACAGACGAUUACGAUAUUUCGAAUACCGUACUCGGCCUAGGCAUCAAUGGAAAGGUAGUAGAAUGCAGAGAAAAGCGCACAGGAGUAAAGCGAGCGUUGAAGGUGCUACACGACAACGUGAAAGCCAGAAGAGAGGUAGAACUACACUGGCGAGCUAGCGGAUGCAUACACAUAGUUGAGAUAAUCGACGUAUACGACAACACAUACAGCGGCAAGCGAUGCUUACUAGUCGUCAUGGAAUGUAUGGACGGCGGCGAACUCUUCCAACGUAUACAGGACAACAGAGACGGAGCAUUCACGGAACGACAGGCCGCUGAGAUAAUGCACUCAAUAUGCGUCGCCGUCCGCCAUUUGCACGAGUCCAACAUAGCCCACCGUGACAUCAAGCCAGAAAACCUACUAUACACCUCAUUGGAGCCCAAUGCCAUCUUGAAACUGACGGACUUCGGAUUCGCCAAAGAGACUCUCACACCGGCGGACACGCUGCAAACACCGUGCUAUACACCUUAUUAUGUCGCGCCUGAGGUCCUAGGUCCAGAGAAGUACGACAAGUCCUGUGACAUCUGGUCUCUCGGUGUAGUGAUGUACAUCUUACUCUGUGGCUUCCCCCCCUUCUACUCUAACCACGGGCUCGCCAUAUCGCCGGGGAUGAAAAAGCGUAUCCGACUGGGACAGUACGAUUUUCCUGAGCCGGAGUGGUCCAACGUAUCUUCUGAAGCCAAGAACCUGAUCCGAGGCAUGCUUUGCGUCGACAGCGCUCAGCGACACACCAUCUACCAGGUGAUGUCGAGCCCCUGGAUUCGUCAAUACACCCAAGUACCCCAAACGCCACUCUACACCAACGCCUUACUCCGAGAGACUGGCGAAGCCUGGGCCGACGUUCAAGACGAGAUGACUCGGUCACUAGCCACCAUGCGUGUCGACUAUGACCAGGUCCAGAUCAAAGCUUUGGAGCAGAGUAACAACUCGCUACUGAACAAAAGACGGAACAAAGUCGGCGCCUGAGACACGGACUACUUAGCUUCUACUAAACUUUAACACUUUCGCAACCAAGUACCCGCCUCGCGGGCACUCGUCAACUUUGCUCAGGUGCCGCAGAACCCGCUGGGCGGGUUCUCGCAAUACAAGCGGGCGGUUACAAGUUAUAAUAGUGCGCCAUUUUUUGCCUGUUAGUGAAUGUGUUAAUAUUUGGCCGUCGGUAUUUUUUGUAAAAUGCUGUUUGCUAUAAAUGACUUACGUUAUAUAGGUAUAGGUUAGAAUAAUAAUUGCGGGUUCACAUGAUUCUAUACUGAUUUGUUAGUCAGGUAAGUGAGCAAUUUUUUUUUUCAAAGUUGUCCACCCCACUUUUUUUUGGAUUUGGAAUUUUUUAUGUGGUUUCCACUCAGAAUCGCAAGCUCUUUCAAUCCUAAUAGGAGAAAAAAAAUGUCCUAAGGUUU